CUACAGUCCACUCAUACUCCGGUCAUAUCAAGCAUCUCAUUUCUGCAUUACCGGCUGUUUCAUUGCUCUAACACCACCAGUCGCCGCUGAUGCGUGCACAAGAUGCUCCGCCGAAACGGGAAGCCCAGAUCUUGCGAACCGUGCAGGAUAUCCAAGAUUCGGUGUGAUCACACGACACCGACAUGCCAGAAAUGCCAGGCUCGAGGCAUAGCAGACCGAUGUUUCUACCAUCCCGCCCCAAUGACUAAACCUCCUGGCACACCACGUCGCCGCACAGUGAAACCAAAGUGCUCCGAAACGCUUGAAACGCGUGAUCACGGGGUAUUGACGCCCCUACACAGGAGCCCAACGACGACCCUUCAGAUGGAUGAGGUUAGCACAGCUGCGUCCUCACAUCCCGCAAGCAUGUGGCCGACCCCUUCUGAAUCUGUGACUAGAACGAUACCUAAUCCUCCGGAGUCCACCAGGAGUUUCUAUUUAGGAUCCACGAGCUAUGCCUCGGUAUUCGCCGAGGAGCAUCCUAUUCCAGAGUCUGUACAUGAACAGCCGUCUGAAAGGUUAAGCGCCACGCCCUCUGCGUUGACCAAUGGGAUACCUGGAAGCCGCUACUGCCAGAUGGGAGUAGCCCAAUCGAUCAUACCAAAACUCUCUCCUUUCUCCCUGUUCGAGAGGUCUAUCAGGAUGUACUUCAUUAAUAAUGGGCCCGCUCUUGUCGGUCCCCUCAUCGUGUCAGCUCUUCCACAGCUUCGAAAAGAUCUCGAGCAGUUGUCCGUAACUAGAAAUGAUUCGUUUGCCGCAUAUGCCGAGAUCACAAGGAACACUGCUCGCCCAUUUAAAGUACCGGCCUCAAUGUCCCCUUCAGAAUUCCAUACUCUGUACACAGGCCAAAACCUCCGGUGGGAGACGUUGGGCUUAAUAUUUAUAGUAGCUGGAUCAAAUGCACAGUUUACAUCACCCGACCAUCCAGUCUUCACCCUAGAGAGCGGGAGAAAGAUCAACAAAGACGAAUUUAUAGAGGACAUGAUCCAGGCAAGCAACGAUUGUAUAAAUCUUUGCCAAGUACAUGGGGCUGUAAAUGACAUCAUGGUUUGGCUAAUGUAUCAGAACAUGCUUGUGACAAGCAAUUUCUAUGGUGAUAACUAUCACGGGGUUUGGCGCCGGAUAGCAGAUUGUGUAUCGAGCCUCUAUGCUCAAGGUAUCCACUGUGAAGAAAACUAUGAGAUCCCGUUCUUCCUCCGUGAGUCUCGGAGAAGAAUGUACGCCGCAACUUAUAAGAGUGACAAGACGUUGGCAACGUUUUUCGGACGUCCGCCCAUGAUGGCAUGGCGUUACAGCGAUCGGAAACUGCCCCUUGAUCUCGAUGACGACAUCAUUGCUACUGAUGAUACUGAAUUACUCAACAACGCUCUCUCCCGCUUAGAUAGCGAUGGAUGGAACACUGAAGGCAAGAUAUGGGCUUCAUCGUGGAUACGUUUGCGCUUUCAACUAUCUAUGUUCAGAGAGCGGGUGCUAGAGCUUUCACUUUCCGGGAGGACAGACGGCGAUGUGGCACAAAAGCUACAAUCGAUAUCAACCGAAUGCCGUCAAGCUUGGGAGGUCGUUCCCGCCCAACUUCGGUAUGACCUCUACGGUGAAGAUGUUGUCUGGUCGACUCUUAGUUCAGAAAAGGCACUACGUAUGAUAUCCGUGUAUCUCGAUCACCUCCACACCGACUUUCAAAUGCAGCGGAUUCUCCGUCGACAAACCGAAAUGGCUAUCCCAGCACUACUUGAGAUCUCCAUGAAACUACUGUCUACAGUGUUGGUCUUCAAUAAGCAACGGAAUCAGUCAUAUCACACUAGGCGGCAUUUCCCCUCAAUCAUCCUCAUGUAUUGCCUACCAAGCGCUGGAGUAUUGGCCCUCGAAUUACGAAGAUGCACGUUGGAGAAUGUGCCCCUUCCAAGCUGUAUCAGCCGCGCAGACUUAAUAAGGAACCUCUCGGUGUUGAUAUCAUGCCUGGAAUGGGUCAUUUUACCAGGUGACGGUAACCACAAACUGUGUUCCGAACUCAAUAAAAUGCACGCUAUGGUCUUGGAUGAAGUCCUAAAUUAUCAACCUCCUACGAAUAAUGAGAGCCAAGGAAAUGGAGAUGGGACUGCGUUGGGCACAGUUGGAGGCGGCUUCUUCGAUAUGCCGAUGAUUGAUGGAAUUGAGCCAAUUCCGACCGAGAGCGAGGACUUUUUGAAUUGGCUGGAUAAUGCAAACUGGAAUAAUACGGUGUGUUUCUUAGUUUCUACAAAAAUCAGAGCGUUUAGUAGUCUCAUUUGUCGGUCACUAACAUGGGGGCAGUAUCUUUUCUAGUCUCACUACAUCACGAGACUGAGCGUGGACUACGACGUAAUAGAGUUAUCGAAACAUUUUCUCAGCAGACAGAAUAGAGGCGAUUGUUAUCGCCUUGUCGUAUAGCACUCCUAAUGAACUUCGGAUAUGAUAAUACCAAAAGCAUCCCUCCUCCUCAAUCAAUCCUUCCACGGCCGAGGGAGACCAGUGU